AUGGGAGUUCCUGCCUUCUUUCGUUGGCUGACAAAAAAGUACCCAUCUGUGAUAGUGGACGCAGUAGAAGAUAAACCUAAAGAUGCUGAUGGUAAUCGUGUUCCAGUUGAUACAAGAGGGCCGAACCCCAACUUUCAGGAAUUUGACAACCUUUACUUGGAUAUGAAUGGUAUAAUUCAUCCUUGCACUCAUCCUGAGGAUCGUCCAGCUCCUCGCUCUGAAGAUGAGAUGUUUGUUUUAAUUUUUGAAUACAUAGAUCGUGUUUUCGCCAUUGUUAGACCAAGAAGGCUUUUGUACAUGGCUAUCGAUGGUGUGGCGCCAAGGGCGAAAAUGAAUCAGCAAAGAAGUAGACGUUUUCGUGCUUCAAAGGAAGCGGCUGAGAAGGCUUUACAAAUUGAAAAAGUAAGAGCGAAGCUUGAGGCAGACGGGUUUCCGCUUCCAUCGAAGAAGGAUUCAGAAUUACACUUUGAUAGCAAUUGUAUAACUCCUGGAACACCAUUUAUGUCCAGGCUGGCGGUUGCACUGAAAUACUAUAUACAUAGAAAAUUGAGAGAUGAUCCUGGGUGGCAAGGGAUAGAGGUCAUCUUGUCGGAUGCAAAUGUUCCUGGAGAGGGAGAACAUAAAAUAAUGGAUUUCAUUCGUCGUCAGCGGUCAUCGCCAUCUCACGAUCCAAAUACAGUACAUUGCCUUUGUGGUGCUGAUGCUGACCUUAUUAUGCUAGGAUUGGCGACGCAUGAGCCUAAUUUUAAUAUAAUUCGUGAGGAAUUUAUUCCAAACCAGCAAAAGCCGUGUGAGAUAUGCAACCAGUAUGGUCACACUAUUGAUGAUUGUCGGGGGUUUGUUUAUUUUUUUCACGAUAUAUUUUGUUCGACUCCCUUGCAAAAAGAAGCAAAUUUUAUAUUUGUUCGAAUACCUGUUUUGCGAGAGUACCUAGAAAAGGAACUUGUAAUUCCUAAUUCACCGCUACCCUUCGAUCUGGAAAGAUCAAUUGAUGAUUGGGUGUUCAUGUGCUUUUUUGUCGGAAACGAUUUUCUUCCUCACCUGCCAUCACUUGAAAUACGUGAAAACGCCAUAGAUCGUCUCAUAAAAUUGUACAAAGAAAUGAUCUACAAGUUGAGAGGGUACUAUUUAACGAAAGAUGGCGAGGUUUAUCUGGAGCGAGUUCAAAUGAUUUUAGACGGUUUGGGGAAGGCUGAGGAUGAGAUAUUCAGGUCACGUCAGGUAUAUGUUUGGGACCGUAAUGCUUCUCUGUACUUAGUUGGACGUGGAAAAGGCACAUAUUUGGUUCCUUCCUCUGUGAGCGUUCCGUUUUCGCUCUUGAGCGCUCGGUGGAGAAGAGAGCAUGAGGAUGACGACGAACCCUAUGACGAGGUUCGACUUUGGGAAAGCGGUUGGAGAGAAAGAUACUACAAGUCAAAGUUUGAAGUUGAUGGUGACGAUAUUAAUUUUAGACGUAAAGUUGCAUGGGCUUAUGUUGAGGGCUUGUGUUGGGUUUUGAAGUAUUAUUACCAGGGAUGUGUGAGUUGGGACUGGUACUUUCCUUACCAUUACGCUCCCUUCGCUUCUGAUUGUGAUACAGUCUCUCAUUUUGUUCCUUGCUUUGAUGAAACAACAAAACCUUUUAAACCUUUGCAACAACUCAUGAGUGUUUUUCCAGCUGCUAGCAGGAAACAUCUGCCAACGGAGUGGCAAAAGUUAAUGACCAAUAUUGAUUCUCCAAUUAUUGAUUUUUACCCAAAUGAUUUUCGGAUUGAUUUAAACGGGAAGAGGUACGCUUGGCAGGGUGUUGCAUUACUACCUUUCGUUGACGAGAAACGCCUUUUAGAGACACUUGAGUCGAUGGAAAAAACGCUGUCCGCUGAGGAGAAAAAAAGGAACAGCAGAGGGUUUUGUAGAAUUUUUGUUGGUUCGAAGCAUCCUUUGCACAGUUUCUUGGAGGAAUUUUAUUCAGCUGCUGAAAUGAAAGAUAGAAAUAUGGUGAUCCUUAACCCGUCGUUCACCAACGGAAUGGCAGGCCAGAUUGCUGUAGACUUGGAAGCGAUACCUAUUGGUGGUGACUUUCAAUCGCCUAUUGAUAAUCAAGUGUUGUCGGCCGUAUUCCACGAUCCGGAGUUUAAAAAAGGUUUUGUAUUUCCAGCCAAGCGUCUACAAGGUGCCAAAGAAAUUCCUCGUGUGCUCAAAUCAGAAGACUGGGACAAUAGAAAGUCAUAUUAUCCACAAAUCGGUUUCACACGUGAUUUGCCUAGAGGAUGCCUUAGUACCACUGGUCGUCGGAUGUUGUCGCAUGAAAUGAAUGCGUACUGCUUAUCUAAUCAAGGUGGAUCUGUAUCAAUAUCCCAGUUUCCGGACGAAAGCCAGUUGCAUACACAGUCCUUAGGUCGUUUAUAUGGUCUUUUUUGUUCACUUUGUUCAUUUCCGGUUGCGGUGGUGUAG